AUGGGGCAAGACAUUAAAGAUUUAGACUUAAAAUAUGACAGUGACUCUACAGCCUCAAAUUCUAUAAUUGAUGGAUAUAGUGGCAAAGAAAUUGACAUUAAGAACUCAAUUUCGACCAUAAGCACAAUUGCAUUCACAAGUUCAUCGAAUAUUCAAAUUGGAGAUCGUGUUGUCUAUAAUGGACCUGUAACUAUCAAUCAGGACAUCAAUAAUUUGGACACUGAUGGCACAAAGCCUGUCAUCAAUAAGAAAUUUCAAGUUUUUAAAUUGAAUCGAAGAACUAUGUUUAUAGCAGCUGGAGUGCUUGUUAUUUUUGCAUUGACAUUAUCUUUGGUGCUGACUUUCAUGUGGGACAGCUUUAGUUCCUCAUUAGCAGGUUCUAUUCUUCCAGAAUUGACAAUAAUAUCUCGUGACGAAUGGGGAGCAAAGCCAUCGACAGAAAACAUGGGAAAUUUGACAUUGCCAUUAAAAAUGGUCAUCAUAAAUCAUUCAGUCAUGAGAAAUUGCUAUACGAAGAAUAGCUGCGCAGAAAAUCUUCGAGAAAUGCAAGAUGUUCAUUUGGGUUGGAAUUUUGGUGACAUUGGGUUUAAUUUUGUGAUUGGGAAUGAUGGAAACGUGUUUGAAGGUGUUGGAUGGGACACUCGUGGAGCACAUACUGCAGCUUUUAACUCCAAAUCCAUCGGGAUAUCUGUGAAUGGAAAUUUUAAAUACGAAGUUCCUAACAAGAAUCAAAUAACAGCUUUAAAUCUACUGCUUGAGCAAGGAAUUGCGUUAGGAAAAUUAACAGCUGAUUAUAAAAUUUAUGGCGGAUGUCAAUUUAAGGAAACAAGUAGUCCCGGUUGUAAACAUACAUUCCGUAGUCAAUUAAUAGUAUCAGUCAAAGCCACUAGUACAAUUUCGGACACAACUUACGACAGUGACUCGACAGCUUCGAAUUCUAUAAUUGAGGAAUAUAUGUGUAAUGAAUUAGAUGGAAGGAAUAAGCAGCAUGCAAGUAAUAUUAGCACUAUAGCUGUCUCUAGCUCCUCAAAUAUUCAAAUUGGUGAUCGUGUAGUUUAUAAUGGACCUGUAACGAUUAGACAAGAGUUUACUGCGAAGGUUAGUGAUCUUAAGGACGUUAAUCUUAAGUCUGCGACUGAAUCAUCAGUUAAAAAUAUGAACAAUAUUCCUAAAAGACAGAUUAGAUGGAAGAUAUUCACUGUGCUUAGUUUAUUAGUCUUUAUGUUUGCAUUACUUGUGAUGUACAUGCUUAAUUUGAAUUAUAACGUUAACAACACAGCUAUUGCCACAGCUAAUACAUCCACAAUUCUAUCUGAAUCCUCGAACUCCUCAAAAUUCAAACUUUAUUCACGAUUUGAUUGGAGAGCAGCUGAUCCUGACGGUAGCGUAGAUCCAUUCAAUUUACCAUUAAGUCGAGUCAUUGUUUGUCAUACUGUGAUGAAAAACUGCUACACAGAGAGUUGUUGCAUUCAAAAUAUGAAAGAAAUGGAAAGACUUCAUAUGAACCUUAGAUUUCAUCAUAUUGGAUAUAACUUUGUUGUUUGUAAUGAUGGGAAUGUCUAUGAAGAGAAAAACUUUUUGAUAACAAAUUAUGAGAAAUGUGUUGAUUCAUUGGGAGAAAUCCAAACAUAUGAUUCUAGUAUGAUGGAAAUGAAUAUAAAAAGAGUCAAUUUAAGUGAUGAUUCAAUAUCGUCCAGUACAGCUUCAAAUUCUGACAUUGAGGAAAGAGUUGAAGUGAUUCAUCCUCACAAUAAUCAACCUCAACCAGAAAAUUCAACUCAAAUCUCUUCAAAUAUUAAUUCAAUUGGUGUUCAAUCAUCUUCAGAUGUUCAUUUUGGAAACAGAAUAGUCUGCAAUGGACCAGUUACAAUUGCACAAACUAAGGAACACAAUCACAAAGACAAGUCUGACGAGGAAAAUUUAACAAAUGAUGUUGAAAAGAGAAUUAUUUUAAGAUUAAAACGUUUUAAAAUUUUGAUAUCAUUAACUGGGCUUAUCAUUCUAUUGACACUAGCUGCAACAAUAAUUGUAAUAAAACUUCAAAGCAUUGACACUCAAUUGCCACAGACUGUGAAUAAAAGUAGUAGAAAUGACUCUUUAGAUGUAGUUUUGAGAAGCGAAUGGAAUGCAAAUCCACCGGCAAGAGACCCAAAUUUACUUGAAUUACCAGUAGACAUUAUUCUUUAUGAUUAUAUUGACAUGCUUGAUUGCUAUACGAAAGAAGCUUGCGAUAAGAAUAUCCAGAAAAUUCAAAAUGAUUUUAUAAACGCAAACAAAUUUUAUGACAUUGGGUAUAACUUUGUUAUAACGAGGGAUGGAAAAAUAUAUGAAGGACUUGGAUGGGAUUACAAAGGAUAUUAUUCAACAGGUGGAAAUGACAACGUUUUAACAAUCGGAUUUAUCUAUGACUCAUCAAUUCUUGAGAUGUCUACAGUCACCUAUAUUGAACUUCUAAAGCUUAUUAUUGAAGGACAACGACUUAGAAAGUUGACAAGUACUUUGAAAAGAUUUAAUGUUGAGAAGAGUUUUUAUGCAAAGCCAAUCGAAAAGAUAUUAGAAGAAUUUGAUUCGCAUUUUGUGUGAUGUGCAAGUUUCUAGUAGCAAGUUUCUAGAGCUACUCGGGGCACCUACUAGUGUAGGUUAAAUUUUUUUCAUAUUUUAUUAUCGAUUCCAGGGUAGGAAGUCCCAAUAGCCUUAGAAACCGG